AUGGAAGAAAAUUCCCCUGACCUGCUACCGCAACGACACCUGCUAUCAGAAGAAGAUAGCAAUAACCCGGUAAUCGAAAUAGAAGAACAUACUUCCAGAGAAGAAGUUACCUUGAGUGCUGAUCAAAGUGACUCAGGGCUGCUUCUUACCACUGACCAAACUUAUAGUUCCCUGUCAGAAGAAGAUGAGACUUCAGAAGAUGAUGAAGAUGAUGAAGAAGAAGGUGAGGAGUCGCUAGCUAAUAGCAUCAUGCAAGACAUCCAAGCAGGUACCUACACCUGUUUGGUGUGUACAUCUGAGAUUGAUGCUUUUUCAAAGAUUUGGUCUUGUGAUGGAUGUUACAGAGUGUAUGAUUUGGAUUGUAUUCGUGAUUGGGCUACAAGAGGUUCUUCCACCGAUAAAAGCAAGAAAAACUGGCGUUGUCCCGCUUGUAACAUUGAAACAAAUUCUGUUCCAAAAAAAUUUACUUGUUGGUGUGGAAAGGUUACAAACCCUAAUCCUAACCAACUUAUGCCCUUUAGUUGUGGGAACCCUUGUAAUGAACCAUACAAGGAAUGUAUCCAUCUGUGUGGGUCCCAGUGCCAUCCUGCCAUGCAUCCGGUUUGUGGUGCCAUGGGCCCAAUGAUGAAGUGUGCGUGUGGGAAGUCUGAACGUCAACUCCCUUGUUUGAUCACACCAUAUAAGGAUGGAUGGCAAUGUAAUAGUCCAUGUGAUACCGUCUUGUGUACUUCUGGCCAUAAAUGUAAAGGUGCAUGUCAUCUGGGAUUCUGUGGACCUUGUGAUGAAUCUGUUCCUUCCAAGUGUUAUUGUGGGAAAAGUACAGUAGAUGUUCUCUGUUCUGAUAGACUUCCAAAGAAAUGUCAUGAUCAAUCUGGUGAAAAUUGGAUUGGAUAUACUGAAUGUAAAGAAAUCACUACCAUUUUCCAUGAUUGUGGAGUACAUCUGGAAGAAUUUUCAUGUCAACCAUUACCAGAACAAACCCCAAUUUGUAAAUUUUCACCAACUGAAAUUAAAACUUGUCAUUGUGGAAAGACAAAGGUUGAUCCUUUAAAACGUACAAAAUGUACUGAUGAAAUCCCCGAGUGUGAAAAUGUAUGUGGGAAAGUCCUUCCUUGUGGUUGCCAGUGUAAAAUGAAAUGUCAUAGUGGAGAAUGUGUUUGCUUUAAUGUUUUAGAAAAAUCAUGUUCUUGUGGGAACCAAGAUUUCUUGGUUCGUUGUCUGUUCUUACAAGCUGGAUACACUCCAAAAUGUAAGCAUAAAUGUUCAGUAUUAUUGAAUUGUCGUAAACAUUACCACAAGGAAAUCUGUUGUUCAUACGAACAAGUUGGAUUGAAACGUGAGAGAGAAAAGAAAAAGGCGGUUAGAAAUGGUAUUAGAUCAAGUUUGGCAGAUGAUAAUGAAAUCAUGACGAUUGAACCUGCUCAUAUUUGUACCAGAACGUGUAAUAGAUUGAAGCUGUGUGGACUCCAUCAAUGCGAAGGUUUAUGUCAUAAUGGGCCAUGUGGAGUUUGUCUUGAAUCUUCAAGUGAAGAUUUAGUAUGUCAUUGCGGAAAGACUGUAAUUCCUGCACCAGUCAGAUGUGGUACUAAAAUUGAAUGUCAUGAGCAAUGUAGAAGACCAAAGGAUUGUGGACAUCGCUUAGAACCACAUAAAUGUCAUGAAAAUGAUAUUGAAUGUCCAAAAUGUACCAAAUUGGUAACUAAGGAAUGUAAUUGUGGAUCUAGAAAGGAAAUGCCAAAUGUUUUGUGCUCACAAACAAAUGUAUCAUGCGGAAGAAUUUGUCAAGUGCCAAAGAAUUGUGGACAUGCAUGUUUGAAAGUUUGUUCUGAAAAAUGUACAAAGGAUAAUGUUCAUUCUAGUUCAACCCUUUGUCAAAGUAUGUGUAAUCUGGUUAGAAUUAAUUGUCCACAUUUAUGUAAACAAAAAUGUCAUUUCAAUAAGGUUGGGAAAUCUAAGAAAUGUGAUGCUACAAUUUGUUCUGAACCAAUUCUUCUCAAGUGUUCUUGUGGUAGAAAAUCCAAGAGUGUCAAGUGUGGAAGUUCAUUAAAUGACACAUCUCGAAUUGGAGACGUACUUGAAUGUGAUGAAGAAUGUUUAAGUGCCAUUCGUGAUGCUGAAUUGAAAAAGGCUUUCAACCUUACCAAUGAACAAUUGUCACUUGAAGAAGAAAUCUUAUACCCAGAUUCUGUCUUGACAGUUUUCGAAAAGCAAAGAAAUUGGUGUAGUAGAGUUGAAACUAAAUUAAGAGAAUUUGUUCAACAAUAUACUUCAUCAGUUGAUGAAGAAUCCGAUGAUUCAUUACCAAAGGUUAGAAAAUCUUAUCAUUUCCCUCCAGGAUCAAGCCCACAACGUAAAUUCAUCCAUGAACUUGCAGAUUCAUAUAAACUUUAUUCUGAAUCUCAAGAUAAAGAACCACAGAGGUCUGUUUUCAUUGUGAUUACUCCAUAUACCACCAUUCCUGUUCUUUCUAUCAGUUCAGCAAUUCAACGCAAACGUGAGAUUAUUGCAGAAAAUACCAAGGCAGAGGAAUUGAAACAAAAUGUCAUUCAAGAAUCAAAAUGUAAUGCCAUUUUAAUACAAGAUGCAUUUUUCGGAAUUACAAAAGAUGAGUUGGAUAAAGAACUUAAAAAAGUUCUUGAAACAACUAAACUUGAAGGUAUUGAGAUCCAAUGGCUUAAGGGCUCUUCAUAUGUUGCUACGUCCCCUCAAAUACUUGAAAAUGUUGAUGAAAUCAUUGAAAAUGAUCUUUAUUUGUUAAUGAAAUCAUUUAAACUGAUUAUCCGGGAUAAAUCUUUGGCAUUUGAUUGUAAACUUUGCUUGGUGGAUAAGAAUGUUGAAUACAUCUUAAAGACAGAUGAAAAGCUUAGAGUUAAGGAAAAGCCAGUUGAAGUGACAGUCGAUGGCUUUAAUACAGAGUCAGACACUACAUCUAUCGAGACUCCUUCUCCUGAAUCUGUGUCUGUUAAUGAAGAAGAGGCUGCGAAUUUGAAUGAUACAACUCUUGAGGUUGAAACGUCAUUAGAUUAG